AUGGUGAAAGGUGGUGGCAAUGGUGAUGGUGGAAAGCAGUGGAUAGUGAUGAAAGUCAGUGGCAGUGAUAGUGGUGGUGGUGGUGAUGAUGGUGGUAGUGAUGGUGAAAGGCGAAGGUCCAAACAGGGAGAUGCAGGACCUGCAAAUGCAAAAGGUGGGGAAAAUAAUCCCACAGUAGGUUUCAUGCCUCUUCACAGGAACCAUUCAUAUUCUAAUUUAUCCCCUGACUCGAGAUGGUGGCUCCAUCUGCAACCUAAUUAUGGAUAUCAAAGGGGUUUAACAAAUGAAAAGUUAUUGUCGCUUGGAGCAGUGGUGGCUUGGAAUGCCGGCGGGCAAUUGCCCGAUCAGCUGAUCUUGAAAUUGCGUCGUGAGGAGGAGGAGGAUGCAUGGGGAGAGAGUGUAGGAUCUGGGGGAAGUCUCGAUUUGGAAAGAAAAUUGGAUUUUAGAGGAGAGAGAGGAGGUGACGGAGGAUUUGGGGGAGUCAUAGAAGGAGGAGGUGGUGGCGGCGUCGGCGACGAUGGCGGGGUCGUUGGAGAAUGA